AUGGCUUCGUCUCUUGUGAUCCAACAGGCUCUAUUCUUUCAGCCUGUUCAGGCGGUGUCAUCAAUCAUCCCAUUUGAUCCGAAAGACAACGAUUUCGGCGAUCACGACUCCAAGACAAUAUAUAACCCAUGGCUAGUGGCAAAGUUUGGCUCUGCUUUUUUUAGGCGUGGUAACGAGAGCUACUAUACUCCGAUUUGCCACUCUGCAAAAUACUUCUACAAGCUUCCCUGGUCUGCUAGGAACGCUGCCUAUGUCAGCAUCGAUGCUUGGGACGAAAGUACAGACUUUGCUGUUGAAUUCCAACACGUUACGGGCUCUGGCAUGUAUGUCCGUGAGCCGUCGGAUGUGGAGGCUUCUGACGCAGAAUUCCGCUGCGAUGAUUUCAGGUAUAUUAAUGCCGGCACUGAAGCGGUAUUGGAGAAGCCCUCUUGA